AUGGCUGAGUUGGUUGCUAUGUGGUUCGCUGAUCCACAUAGGUUAGCGAUUGCCUGUGUUGAAAGCUUGGCAGGCCCUGAAGCCCUGCACACUGGAUCACUUCAGCGUCGGAGUUAUCAAGACCAGUAUCAGGUUGCAGUUGCCAUGGCCAAAAUAACACGUGAACAAUUCGCCGUGGAACGUCUCAUGUUCUGCACCUUCAACGCCAGGACAGCCUUCACCAACGUCGAACUUCACACCCUUCUCGAGGCUGCCGAACGCACCUACCAGUAA